CACGGAAAUACUUCGAUGCAGCUAAAAGUUACUAUUUCGUGGUGGAGUGGUUGUCCAUCAGGAACACGAACUAGAUUUAAAGUGAACGCUCUCUGCCCCAAUUGAGUUCUACAGUCUUCACACCCACCUCAUCAUAUGGGCUUACCUGCUGUAUAGAAUGUUUCUUGUUAUGCAACAAAGAUGUGAAGCCUGCUGAUGUUGGCAAAUGGACCCAGAUGGAUUCUUCUAGGAGGGAUGGCAAUUCAGGCAUGAGGCGGUCUGUGAAGGCCCAUCUGCUUGCGUCGCAGGAGCUGUUGGUGGAGUCCCUGUAUAACUUGUCUCCGCUCCUGGACCGCCUACUGGCCAGCCGUAUCCUGUCCCAUGACAACUACUAUGAGGUCCGGGCAGAGACCACGCCCCCCAACAGAGCUCGCAGGCUAUUGGAGGUUCUGCACGGCCAGAUGGACGAGGGCGGAGCCUGCUGCUUCCUGGAGUGUCUGAAGAGGUGCAAGCAGCACUACCCUCGCCUACGCACAUGGCUUGCUGAGGACAUAGCUAUCCAGCGUGGACCAACAGAGUGUGAGCUCCAGGCCCAGUUGAGUGUGCUGUGUGCCAGGCUGGGCCACAGUGUGCUGCCCGUGUCCCUGGCCCUCUUCUCGGCGGGCACGCUCACCCAGUACGAGCUGGAGCUGGUGCAGGCGGCACCCACCCUCUACCAGCAGGCCCACGCGCUGCUCUCUGCCUGCCUGUCCAAGGGGGAGACAGCCUGCCGCGCCUUCUACUCUGCCCUGGAGACCGAGGACGAGACUCUGGCUCACGACAUCAGGGCUGGUGGUUCAGCAGAAGUCCCUCCUGAUCUGUCAGUGGAUAGUGAGUCAUCUGAGAUGAGCUUCCCAAUAGCUGUGGAGGAGACCCGCCCUGGUACUCAAGUGGAAUCUGCUGAAACUCAGACACAGUCUGGAGGAGGCAUCUUGCAGGAGGUCCUGGGUCAGCUGGGUGUUGUGAAGGGUCAGGGGGAGGCUAGCAGGCUAGAUGUGUGUGAGCUGGGUGCGAUGCUGGGGCUGCCGCGCUGGUCGGUACGGGGGGCCCUGCUGGAGGAGGUGGGGGUGACGGACGAGGCCCAGGUGGGGGCGCUGGUGGAGCUGUUCCUCCAGAAGACCCAGGAUGCACCACUCCUACUCAGCCGAGUGCGUCAGUGUAACAUCCAGAGAGCCCAGCUGUCUGAGAGAGGAUGCCUGUUGCUCAAGCUGCUGCAGGAAGGGGAAUCACUGCUACACCACAGAGGCUUCCUGCAGCUGGCCAGGAGCCAAGAUGGCGCCCAGGGGCACACAGCAACACUGGGGACCAAGAGUCAAGAUGGCAUCCAGGGACACACAGCAACACUGGACACCAAGAGCCAAGAUGGCGCCCAGGGACACACAGCAACACUGGACACCAAGAGCCAAGAUGGCGCCCAGGGACACACAGCAACACUGGACACCAAGAGCCAAGAUGGUGCCCAGGGACACACAGCGACACUGGGGACCAAGAGCCAAGAUGGUGGUCAAGCUCACAUAGGAAGACAACAGACCAGGAUCCAAGAUGGCAUCCAAGCUCACAUAGCAACACUGCAGACCAGGAUCCAAGAUGGCGCCCAGGGACACAGAGCCGCCCUGGAGACCAUCUUCAGUUUCCUGCUGUGGGACUGCAUGGCACAGACGCUGGAGGUGCCUGCGUACGAGUCCGUCACGGGCAGGGGCGUGCUGGCGUGUGUGGCAGAGUUGCGUGCGAGCGAGGCGGUGGAUCGCUCCCUUCUGCAGGAACUGGAGGAGUGCUGGCAGGAUGGAGGGCUGGAGGCACUCACACAGGCAGUACGAGUGCUGGCUCAGAUAGUGCGAGACCUGUACCCUCUACGGGACAGCUUCCGCCUCUCUUCUUCCCCAGUAGGACGGACGUACAUCUGCCACCCUCGCCGGCUCCACAGGGUCACUCGCUUCCCAGGGCUGCCCGCUCGAGUCAUCCGCAGGGCAGCCGCCGGUUGCAACACUCUCUCCCUCUCCCUCCCCACCACCACCACUGGAGAUGCCCAGGGUACCCGCUCCCUGGGAAGGCUGUACGGAGAGGUGUGCGCGAGAGCGCAACGAUUGCUGCGUCUCGUGUGUCCUGCUGCAGGGGAUGUCGUCGUCACCGAGCCUCAUGACACCACAGAUGUCGCCAAGGUCACCCAGCGUCUCAAGGUCUCCUUCACUCUGGAGGCGGCCUUCAGCUCGGAGCGGUUUGACGCUGGGAUGAGGCACCGGCUGCUGGGCCUGCUGGCGUACGCACCUGCCCAGACUCAUAUGCAGGCGUCUCUGAUGGAGCUGCACCUGGACACACUGGCGUCCCUGGAGCGCUACCUGCAGCCAGGUGAGCACCACGCCUUCCGCUUCCACCUGGAGUCCGUGAGCACGCUCGGAGACAGAGACGUCGGCCAGCUGUGCUACAUGGAGCUUACCCGCGGCCCCAUCGCCCUCGACAACGCCAUGGAGGAGGUGUACUGCUUUGUGACGUCACUGGCACCGCCAGAUGCGGUCACCUCGUUUUUGGUCAGGGUCUGUUGCCGUGGUUACACCGACGGCGAGGAGCGCCGGUUCGAGGUGCGCAAGCCGCAGUGUGUCCGUCUGUCUUCGCAAGACUGGUCAAACCUAGAGGGCGUUGUUCCAGGGCACUUGGACGGUGUGGUGGUGUUGGCAGAGGAGGGGGGCAGUGUGUGGGUCAGGGAG